AUAUGCAUAUAUACCUAUCAAAACAAAAUUUUAGUUAUAUCACUAGAAAAUACUGGAGAUAAAAAUUAAUUAAUCUUAUCAAUUCAUGCCUGUAUUAAUUAUACUGCCUAUUUGACUGACAAAGAAAGAAGAAUUAUAAUGGUUGUGUGUAAAUUUUUCCAACAAGGUUAUUGCCGUUACGGUCAAAAUUGUAGAUUUGAACACGUCUACGGAUCAAAAUAUUCGUAUCAUGCCAACCCUCCAGCUUCACAAACCAGUAGCGGUAUAACUGAUGAGCAACUCGUAACUCAAGUACAAUCUGACAUACAGUCUGCACUGAAGGGUUCUCAGUGGAUUCUAUCCAGUUAUACACCUUUUAAGGACAAACCUAUGUUCCCGGGCAUAACUGACCUAUCACCGGAAGAGGCAAGGCUAUUUAUUUAUGAGGCGAAGGCAAACAACAGCUUAGACUUAGCUAUUAAUUUCAUGAACAAUCUGUACAAAGAGACACGAAAUAAAUACGUACAAUUACUUUACCCAUCACCAUCCAUUAUUGAUAUAUUAAGGAGGAUAAACAAAGGUGAAACAGUUAGUUCACCAUUCACAGACACAACUUCUGGACCCACUACAAAUGCUGCAUCUGUGUUCCGUAGCGCUGCACAAAGCACCUCAGUGUUCGGUGCCAACAGUUCUGCUCCUAACACAUCAGUUUUCGGUCAACAGCAAACAAGCAUUUUCGCUUCCCAAAGCACAGACAACUCCGGUGCAAAGUCAAUAUUUGCGCAAGCCACUCAAAACGCUUUCGGUUCGAGUCAAACAAAUUUUGGUCAAAGUCAAAAUACUUUUGGCCAGAGUCAAACGCAAAGUUUUGGUCAAAAUCAAAGUAGUAACGUGUUUGGUUCCCCGGUCCAAGAUAGCGGUGGUGCAAAAUCGAUUUUCGCACAAGCCAGUCAAAGUAUUUUUGGAGGUAAUCAACCCGCACAAACUCCUCAGAAUGUUUUUGGGAACGCUUCUCAGUCAUUCGGGUCGCAAACGGCGUCUUCCCAAAAUCAAAGUGUAUUUGCAAUACAGAAGAGUGUAUUUCCAGUGCAACCAAAUGCGAUCAAUGUAUUUGAGCAACCAGCAAACACCAAUGAAGCGGGAGUUUAUAGUACCAUGGAUGACAUUUCCCAAGAGGAUAUGGAAGACUUCAAAAGUAAUGAGUUUAAGUUAGGGCUUAUUCCUGAAGUACCCCCACCGAAAGCACUAUGCUUCAGAUAGUUUUGUAGGUUAGUUGUAGUAAAUUAUUAAAUACCUUAUUCAGUAUUAGUAGUAAGUGUAUAUUUAUAUAAAUAGCGUUUUGUUACACGUUUUUAGUCUUUCAAAGAGUAAUUGUAUUCUAAACUUAUAAUAAUUAGUGCCAUCUAGUCCCAAGUUAAGUUGAGCUUGUGUUAUAGGCACUAGACUACUGAUGUAAAUACAUAGAUGCUUUUUUUGUAAAUAAUGUACAUACAUAGUAUACAUUGAAACACCGAAACCGAUACAAACAAUCAUACUCAUGAAUAUUAAUGUUUGAACCGUGCGAGGAAUCGAACCCGCGACCAUCGGACGUAAAGCGGUGUGGUAAACCUCUAGACCACCAAGGCCGUCGU